GGCCCAAACCUCUUUUUCUUUUCUCUCCCUCGCGCCGUCUUCCAAAACCUUCCCAUUCUUCCGGGCUUCUUCUCAAUUACUUCCGCCUCCUCCUCCUCGCCGACCGCCACCUAUCGCAUCUCGCCAGCCGCCGCCGAGUGAUUUUUAUCAAGAAUGAUUGCCGCCAUCUCCUGGGUUCCGAAAGGAAUUGCAAAUUCAGUACCUACUGCAGCAGACCCCCCUUCCAAAGAAGAAAUUGAAGAGAUUGUAAAGAGUGGUCUUCUGGAUCCUCGCGAAGAGAGUGAAAAUGAGGAAAAUGAUGAAAAUAUGAAUGAUGAUGAUGAUGAUGAACUCAGUCAAAAUAAUGAACUUUCUCACGCGUUAUCUGCUGCUAAUGCACUUGGAAAAGUUCUCAAGACUGGAAAUCCAGAAACUGACAUUUUAUCAGAAGCAUUGAAGGAACUAGACAUGGAUAACUAUGAUGAAGAAGAUGAUGGCGUUGAGCUGUUUGGCUCUUCCAACUUAUACUAUGCAAGUAACAAAAUGGACCCUUAUUUGAAGGAUGGUGACGAAGACUCUGAAGAGGAAGAGGAUAUGACCAUAAAACCAGAGGAUGGUAUCAUAGUGUGUGCCAGGAAUGAGGAUGAUGUCAGCCAUCUUGAGGUUUGGAUAUUGGAAGACCCUUCAGAUGUUAAUUCAAACAUGUAUGUACACCAUGACAUUGUCAUUCCAGCAUUUCCCCUUUGCACAGCAUGGCUUGAUUGUCCUCUCAAAGGUGGUGAAAAAGGAAACUUUAUUGCUGUUGGGUCGAUGGAACCAGCUAUUGAGAUAUGGGACCUUGAUAUUAUGGAUGAAGUCCAGCCAUCUGCUACCUUAGGUGGUGUUGCUGAAAAGAAGAAAAAGGGAAAGAAGAAAUCUAUUAAAUACAAGGAUGGCAGCCACACAGAUUCAGUUCUUGGACUUGCCUGGAACAAGGAGUAUAGGAACAUUCUUGCUAGUGCAAGUGCGGACAAAUUGGUUAAGAUUUGGGAUGUGGCAACUGAAACUUGUAAUCUGACUUUGGAGAACCAUACAGACAAGGUUCAAGCAGUUGCAUGGAAUCAUUUUGCGCCGCAAGUUCUUCUCAGUGGAUCUUUUGAUCAUACUGUAGUUAUGAAAGAUGGCCGACAACCCCAACAUAGUGGAUUUAGAUGGCCUGUGGCUGCCGAUGUUGAAAGCCUGGCAUGGGAUCCACACACCGAGUAUUCAUUUGUGGUCAGUCUGGAAAAUGGCAUGGUUUCUGGCUUUGAUAUCCGUAAUGCUAGCUCUGAUCCGUCCUCUCAGUCUAAGCCAUGUUUCACUCUCCAUGCACAUGACAAAGCAGUUUGUGCAAUUGCAUAUAAUAGCUUAGUUCCAAAUCUUCUUGCUACUGGAUCCAUGGAUAAGAUGGUGAAACUCUGGGAUUUGUCAAAUGAGCCUUCAUGCAUAGCGUCCAACAAUCCGAAAGCUGGGGCUGUGUUUUCCAUUUCAUUCUCUGUGGACUGCCCUUUUACACUGGCCGUUGGAGGCGCCAAAGGAAAAUUGCAGAUGUGGGAUAUAUUAUCUGAUGCUGAGGUUUCAAGAAGAUAUGGGAAAUAUUCGGCCCGAGCUAAGCCACCAAGUUCUUGAAUAUAGAUGGAAGAUGUGAUAGCUUAUGUGCAAAUAGAAGGUUGAUGUGAUUAGGAACACGGGGCAGAAUUCUGCACGUCUAGGGAACACGUGAGCUUCUAACUCGUGACGAACAUAAGAUGCUCAUACAAAACACAGGUGCACCAUUUUUGACAUCUCCUAUGAAAAAAGUUCCAUAGUCUGUGUAGGAGUAAUUUUACUUGCAAUUUACAUAGUGCGCCCCGUGUAGUUUUCACAUUUCCGACAUAUAUGGCCCCUAAAGUUUUGUUAGUUUAGGAUCGUGUUUGUUGAAUUGUACGAGAAAAAUUGAUUGAGAAUGUUGAGGGUGAAAGUUGAUGUUUUUAAUGUUUAUUGUUUGUAAUCUGUCUUGAAAAAUGAUUAGUAAACUCAUGUUUCUUCGAUUGAGCAGA